AUGACGACCACUCUGUUUACAAACGGCAAGUUCUUUGCCACUCAAGCCAAGGGACAGGAGCAUGAUGCCAAAUUCUACGACUGCAUGCUUGUCGAAAAUGGCAUCAUCGAAUACAUCGGCAGUGACGAUGCCAACAUCAGAGCUGUGGCUGCUUCAAAAGGCGCCAGCGUGCGGGAUCUUGAUGGCCAUCACGUUCUUCCCGGCUUCAUCGAUGGCCAUGUACACGCCCUCCUGCUAGGUCAGUCUCUGCAGAGACUAAACUUGGAAAGAUGUCAGAGCCUAGAAGAGAUCCGCCACGCUAUCAGCACUUACGCAGCAACGCAUCCCGAUGCACCUCGCAUUCUGUGUGGUGGUUGGAUGGAAUUCAUGACUGACGGAAAGGCUGACGUUUCCAUGCUGGACGACUUGGAUCAAAGACCCAUUUACAUUGUAUCGAGGGAUUUGCACUCUUGCUGGUGCAACACGGCAGCUAUUGAAGAGAUGGGCGUGGAAUCUACGCCAAAUCCUGUAGGAGGAACCAUUCAUCGCGAUGCGCGAGGCAAAGCAACUGGCUUCCUUAGCGAGGCCGCGUGCACAGUCUUAGUAUGGCCGCAUUUGGCACAAAUUGCUACGCCGGAGGAACGAGUUGAAGCGAUGCGAGAUGCGAUCCAGGCUCUCCAUGCCGUCGGAUGCACUGGAUGUGUAGAAAUGGCAAUGGAUGACGUUGCAUGGGAUGCACUACAGACUCUCCGCGCAGAAAUGGGCGGCCAGCUGCCUCUACAUAUUGCAGCUCACUGGCUUGUUCGUCCCACAAAUUCUACAAAAGGCGACUCGGAAGAGCUCACUCGGGCAAUUGCGUUAAGCAAAGAGUUCAACGCUGCAACUUCGCCAGACUUUCGCAUCGUGGGCAUCAAGAUAAUGUGCGAUGGCGUUGUAGACUCAUGUACGGCAGCUCUGAUAGAGCCUUACUCCACUACAGGCGUAUCGACGGAUCCCAUCUGGUCGCCCGAAGCCCUUGGGCCAAUCGUUCGCAACGCAGAUCAAGCUGGUCUGCAGUGUGCUCUGCACGCCAUUGGAGAUGCCGCUGCCAAACUUGCCAUCGAUGCGCUGUCGGAACACGGUACCCCGGGUCGCCGCCAUCGCAUUGAGCAUCUCGAACUCACUAGCCCUGGUGAUGGGGCUCGACUUGCCGCUGCUGGCAUCACCGCCUCCAUCCAGCCCGCUCAUGCCGAUCCAGUCCUGCUCAAGGCCUGGCCGGAACUGCUGGGUACGGCUCGCUGUGGACGGGCUUUCGCAUAUGGCGAUUUCGCUGCCUCCGGAGCCAACAUUUCCAUCGGGUCCGACUCUCCCACUGCCUCAUGGGAUGUUCUUCGAAAUCUUUACACCGCGACGACCCGGCGAUCUGUGCGUGACAGGGAAUAUACGACGGUGGUGAACCCCGAGUUCGCGUUAUCCCUGUGCCAAGCUAUGCAGGGAGUGACACAUGGGAGCGCGUACUCGUGUUUUGCCGAGGGCUGGACUGGAAGCCUAGCGAAGGGUUUACAGGCCAAUUUUGUGGUGGCCAACAUGGAAUGGACCGCGCAGUCGUUACUUCAGGCACAAGUAAAGGAGACAUGGUAUAGAGGAAAGAAGGUGUAUGAUGCGCCAGUAAAGAAUUAA